CUUUUCUCAGUCCAGACUUUUGGGAGUUUUGGAGAGAUUAUUCAUUGAGUGAAUAGCUCAUCCUUACUUUGGGUUUCUUUUGUUACGACGAAAGGAUUGACUUGUGGUCGCUUGGCAGUACUGUUAUUGAAUGAUGGAUCGUGUGCCCCCGCACUACUUGAUCAAGGAUGAGGAGGCAGCUCGUUGACAUUAUCGCCACUGAGCCCAGCCCAGCCUUCACCUACAGCCACCCAUCCGUGUACAUGCGUGGUCUUGUUGCAUGGCUGCUUGAUGAAGAUGCGCGCAAUAGACCCAGUGCUCAAGAUGUAAUUUUGGAAAUCGAUGCUCUUGUCAAGAGUAAUCUCCCCUACUUCAUGGAGAUCUUUCAGUGGCAGUCAUGGCAAGCACAUUAUCAGAAAGCAACACGACAACGCCCUCUGUUAAAUCGGCACGCCAAAGUGUUUGAUCAAGUCUCAUCCGAUCUCAACACCAGCCCUACACUUGGUCUUGCUCAGGCUGAAGUGCCUGGGCCUGCGCUCGAUCUAUGGCUCAAAUGAACUUGACAAGGCGGAAGAAGAAUCGCUCUUUUCCAAAUUCCUUCAGCAAUUUACAGAUAAUCCGCUUAUUCUAUUACUACUCGGCUCGGCCCUUGUCUCUUUGGUGAUGGGUCAAAUGGUGACGCCUAUUAGCAUUACAGUGGCAAUUGUUAUUGUAGGUUUUUGCGAGAGUGGAAUGCAAAGCAAGAAACAGUUUAAU